AUGGGUUCAUCAUCAAUUGGUUCAUUACGGUUUAUUUCACUAUUGCUAUUCCUUUCCGGUUGUUUCUCUCUGGAAUGGGAUGUAUCAAAUUUUCCGAAUCCAACAGCUGGUGAUUAUAAACGAUGUAAUAUGCGAACAACAUCAAAUAUAUGUGAUCCAGAUGAAAUAUUAACUGAAUCACAACGUUAUCGAUUAAAUCAUGAAUUACAUCAGUUGGAAUCACGAACCCGACAGGAUCAUGCUCCUGACUUUUGUCAGAAAAAGGGAAUUACAGCAGCAAUGGCUAUUGUUAAACAUAUUAAAGGAAAUUCUGAUGAGGCUAUCAAAGAAAUGGCAAAUCAAAUUCUUCGAAAAUGGACAUUAGAUGGUCAGUGUCAUAAAUCAGUCGUUUUUAUGGUUGCAAUCGAUGAUCGUCGAUUUUGGGUAGCGCGUGAUUCACGAGUUCCCGUGUAUGCACAAGAAUUUACUCAAAUAUUCAAUUCUCAGAAGCAACUUUUCCAACAAGGAGAGUAUCCGCAAGCAUUGGGCAAUAUCAUACAACAAACAUGGGAAAAAGCUAUAUCAAAACAAGGAAGAGCCGAAGUACCAAGUGGUGACAAAGGUGCUGUUGAUGAUAGAGGUGGUUUUGGUCCAGUUGUUCCUCCAUCACCUCGACCAGAUGGUGGCAAAAAGCGAGGAAGUCUUCUGCCUCAUAUACCACUUUGGUUUUGGAUUAUACUUGUUCUCAUUAUUUUGCCUAUCCUUUGUUGUUGUUGUUGUUUGUGCUACUGCUGUUGUUGUCGAAAGGGUGGUGGUAGCAGCAAUAGCCCACGAAGACAAGGGCCUUCCGAUAUUGAGAGUGGUGGUAGGGGACCGAUGGGUGAGGGUACUGGUAGGUCCUCAGGUGGAAGAGGUGGAGCUUUCAACAAUUUCCUGGGAGGUCUCGGAGGCGUCGGUUUGGGUCAUUUAGCCGGUCAACUUUUAAGUGGUGGUAGUAAACGUCGUGAUAUUCCUGCCUCUCCAGGUUAUCAGGGUGGUGGUGCUUAUCCUGCAGCACCAUUCCAACCUGGUGGAGGUAACGCAGGUAGUGAUCGUAAUGCCGGUGCAGGUGGUAAAGGACUUUAUCCAACAGUUGCUGUGAAUGACCAGGGUGGUGGAGGUGGUUGGUAA